UAAUCUUUGACUGUCAACUUCACCACAUUAAGAUAUUAAAAUAAAAGUUAUUUCAAUAAAACAAAUUUGCCGCCUCUUUCAAUUUUACAGUGAAUGGGAUAGUUUUUAUUUUAACAAUGAUACAUGAUAUAGUUUUGUCUUGCCUCAAUUUACACUCAAAGCAGUUGCCAAUUGAGGAGUUUUUGGUCUCUGAUGCUGUGAGUGCUUUUUUUCAUCCUUGCGAAAAAAAAUUGUUGGAGGAUAUUGUUGCAAUUAUAAAUCUAUUGCGGGAAAUCGCGAAAUUUUCGAAAAUAUAUGGAACAAAUCAAAGUAUAAAUAUUAAUGCUACAAUUAUCGACACAGAUGAACCUUUACAAAGUGGCCUUUAUUUAAAGGCAUUUGCAAAUGGAAUUGAAAGCGUAUUGGACGAUUACUUAAAUGAUAUAACAGAACUCGAGAGCAGAUUCCUGCAAAAUCCUUGCCAAUCUUUAAUGUUUAUAUAUCAGAAAUUGCAGGAAUAUGAACCGUUAGCAUUGUAUUUAAGCAAGUUAAUACGUGGAAUCCGAAUACAAAAACUGCAUGGCUGUGCUAUUAUACAAUAUUUGCAUCAAAAUUCGCUGCAUGGUGAUGAUCGCAUCAAUAAAGCUGUUAAACGAAUUCAAUCUUCCGUGAAUGUGGUGUUUCUUAAGCAACUUACUCAUUGGAUAUUGUACGCCAAAAUCGUUGAUUCGUAUGGAGAAUUUUUUAUUCAAUGUGCUGAGAACCAUUGUAAUAGUACCCUAGGAAGUGAAAGAGGAACAAGCGCAGGUAGCGGAAAAAAUGCUGCAACAUCGAUGUCGGAAGUAGCCAGCAACUAUACCGAUAUUUGGCGAUAUGAGAUAUGUUAUGAAUUACUUCCACAUUAUUUGUCAUCCAGUUGGGCGGAAAAAGUUCUGUUUAUUGGUCAAACCGUUCUUAUAUUUAAAGUAGAUGCUAAUAAAUUAAACAAAAACGCUCAAAUAUGGAAUAAAAGUGAAAGUAAUUUCGUUUGUCGAGAGCAAUCGCUAUGGAAUGAAACGGAGCAUAUUUAUUUUGCAAAAAUACAAGCUUUACAAAAUGAUUCGGAAUUGAAUAUUUCACACUAUGAUCGAGUUAUAGAUGAAAUAAAAAACUAUGUGACUUCUCGACUUUCUGAAAUUGCAGUUAACCAAGCAGACCUAGUCCAACAAUUAAAACUAAUUAAAGAUUUUUAUUUGCUUGGUCGUGGAGAACUAUUUUUAGAGUUCAUUCGCCAAACUUAUGUAAUAAAUAAAGAUGCCGACAAUGAAAAUAAACUUCGUGAUUUUGUCAAAGCAUUUGAGUCGGCAGCACAUGGAGUUGGUGUAUCUGAAGAUUUGGAACAAUUUUCCCUCUGUAUACCGAAAUCUCCGUUCGAUACGGAGGAGCCACUCGAAUUUGGCUAUCUGCAAUUAGUUCAAUUACAAUAUAAAAUAAAUUGGCCUUUACAUUUACUUUUCUCGCCUAAGGUAUUGGAACGCUACAAUAUACUUUUUCGAUUUCUGCUUCUAAUAAAGAAAAUGCAAUAUGAAUUGCAUAUGCUGUGGUGCCAACAAACAAGAGAGACCAAACUAAAUAAGAAUCAAAAUAUUAAAAUAAUGCAUUUACGCAAUGAGUUAAUGUUUUUUGUCGAUAACUUGCAGUAUUAUAUACAAGUGGAUGUACUUGAAAGUCAAUUUAGUAUUUUAUUGAAUACAAUACUAAACAAGGCAGAUUUUGAACAAAUUCAAAGAUCUCAUAGCAUAUUUCAAGCUAAUAUAUUAUCAUUAUGCUUUCUUCUAACUGAUGAGGAUGCUAUGAAAGUAAGCAUGUUACAGACUUCAUCGCUUCAUUCAAAUAAUCCAGUUUAUUUAAUAAUCAAUGAAAUUUUUCAUAUAUGCGAAGAUUUCUGUACUUUAGUUGAGUCUCACAAAUUAGAUGAAAUGUUAAAUGCUAAAAUUGACCAACUCGAUGAACGAUUUGGCAGUUUAAUACAACAACUUAUAAAUUUGUUGGUUGGUUUAAAAACGGCUCCAAGUACAACACCAUUAUCUCAGCUUUUACUACGAUUGGAUUUCAACCACUGGUUUAGCAUCAAGAAAGCCUAACGAAUAUGAAUAACUUCUCUUUAAAUAUUUAUUUUUAUUUAUUGUUAUUUUGAAAUAUCUGAUAAUGAAUAAAUGAGCUUAAAAUUAA